AUGAUUUAAUCUGAGGAGCAACAAUGUAGUAAUAAUUCAAUAGAUACUCUUCAAUAAUAUGCAAACUAACUUGAAUAAGCUAUUAUUCAAAAGCAAUAAUCAAUUGAAGCUUAGAGGAUUAAAUUUUUUGAAAUAAUAAAAAAGUAAAAUUAUAAAGUAGAUUAGGAUUUCAUUUGAUUUUGAUGUACAUAAUAUAGAUCCUUAAGAAAUUGAAUCCUAUUUAAAAUCAAUUGCUCUAAUCCCAGAAGAUUUUGAUGAACCAUUAAUUAAAAAGAAGAAUAAAAAUAAUAUAAUAAGAAUAAAAAUGGUUUAAGAAUAACAACCUGUUUCAGAAGUACCAUCCAAAUAAAAAAGAAAAUAUACAAAGAAAUAACCUUCAGAAGAAAAACAAUAAUAAAAAAGAAAGAGAAGAACAAAAAAGGAAAUGGAAAAUGCAAGAAUGUAAGAAUAAAAAUAAUAAUGA